AGGAGGAGCUAGCUCCUUGUAACCCGCCCAUACCAGUCUGGCCUGGAGUGAGACAACGGGUCCUGGUCGCGUGCACCCGAACAGCUUGCCCUGGUGCUCCAGAGCUCCGACCCAGUCCAAUCAUGACCCUGUGCCCUUUGCUCCUGCCGCUUCGGCUGUUGCUGCUGCUGCUGAUCAGUGGGGCGGUGUGCCGGGCUGAGGCUGGGCCAGAAACCGAAAGUCCUGUCCGGACCCUCCAAGUGGAGACCCUGGUGCAGCCCCCUGAAUCGUGUACGGAAUCCGCUGCCAUUGGAGACACGCUCCACAUACACUACACGGGCAGCUUGGUAGAUGGACGCAUUAUUGACACUUCUCUGACCAGAGAUCCUCUGGUCAUAGAACUUGGCCAAAAACAGGUGAUUCCAGGUCUGGAGCAGAGCCUUCUGGACAUGUGUGUGGGAGAGAAGCGAAGAGCAGUUAUUCCUUCUCACUUGGCUUAUGGAAAGCGAGGGCACCCACCAUCCAUCCCAGUUAAGGUCAACAUGAGCAUCCUUAGCUCGCUCCUGCCUUCUUCUGCCUUUUUUGAGGGAGCCCAACUUCACAUUUCAAACUGCCAGCAUCACCGCUGCCUUCUGAGGCCCAGACUCCCUGGUUUAAUCCCAAAUCAGAGCUCUGGAUAGACUACAGCAAUGCUGAUACCCACCCCACCCCAACUCACCCCCUCUCCAGCUGAUGCAGGGGUGCAUAUCCUAGCCCUCCCACCCCACCCCCUCUCCAGCCGAUGCAGGGGUGCAUAUCCUAACCCUCCCACCCC